CAGCAAUGGGACGUGUUCUCCUUUAAGAGUUAAGAAACUUGAAACCUUGUUUGCGCAACAAUCAGCGCCGCGGAGCCGCCAAAGUGUCUAGACUGGCAUAUGAUGGGAGGCAGCCAAUGACUCCGCGGCGCUCCUCCGGGGGCCCUCAGUGUGCGUUUGAGGAGAACAAAAAAGAGAGAGAGCGCCGAGCGGGGGAACGAGCGAGGGAGCUGAGUCCAGAGAAAGAGCCGCCGGGCGCUGCCUCGCCAAACCUCGCUGGGACCGCGGGGCCACCAGGAGGCACUUUGGUGAAGGGGGGCGGGGGGGUCGACCUCGGCAGCCGCGGCGCCCGAAGCGACCCAGCGCAGCGUGGGGCGGGCUGCGACCUCUGCUUCGGUGGAUUGCAUUUUUAAUUAAGGAUUCCUAGCAGCUCUUUGGGAUUUUUUUUCCGGCUUCCACUCAUGCGUUGACACCCGCGUUCAGGAGAGACUUGCCCCAAGUGCACCGAGCGCCCGGGACCUGAGACGGAAUUGCUUUUCGGAUCUGGGAGUUAUCCACAAGCCUUAGUUUCGGAUCCUGCAGGGAAAGCCCAUGUAGCAUAGCUCUUGGAUUUUGAAGGCAGAGUUGUGCAGACACAUUUGGGGGGCACGACGCAAGCGCUUUGUGCUCGUGUACCAGCCGCGCAACUUUUGAAGGCUCGCCGGCCCAUGCAGGGUGUCUCUAGCAUCGUUUCGCUGGUGGCUUCCCUAAGGCUCCAAAGCAGCUGGAGUUGAGCGGUCCCGGCCCAUCGUGAUCCAUGUAGCCCGCUGGUCCCUCGUGGACUGCGGCUCAACACGCGCGUGUUCCCGGCCCGGCCCGGCUUGGCCCGGCGCGAGCUCCCUCAUGUUGCAGCCCUGCGGUGCCCCUUCGACGACAGGCUGUGCGCGGUCUGCACGGCGCCCCGCGGCAGAGCUUCAUGUGGGGCUGCGGCCCGCUCAGCCGGCGCCUCGUUGAGGGAACGGACCCCCGGUAACCGGAGACCGCCUCCCCUCCCACCACCCCAGGCGCCAAAGGGUAUCGUAUGUUCAGGUCUAAACGCUCGGGGCUGGUGCGGCGACUUUGGCGAAGUCGUGUGGUCCCUGAUCGGGAGGAAGGCAGCGGCGGCGGCGGCGGUGGUGUCGAAGAGGAUGGGAGCCUGGGCAGCCGAGCUGAGCCUGCCCCGCGGGCACGAGAGGGCGGAGGCUGCAGCCGCUCCGAAGUCCGCUCGGUAGCCCCGCGGCGGCCCCGGGACGCGGUGGGACCGCGAGGCGCCCCGAUCGCGGGCAGGCGCCGGCGCACGGGGGGCCUCCCGAGGCCCGUGUCGGAGUCGGGGGCCGGGGCUGGGGGCUCCCCGCUGGAUGUGGCGGAGCCUGGAGGCCCAGGCUGGCUGCCUGAGAGUGACUGCGAGACGGUGACCUGCUGUCUCUUCUCCGAACGGGACGCUGCAGGCGCGCCCCGGGACUCUGGCGAUCCCCAAGCCAGACAGUCCCCGGAGCCGGAGGAGGGCGGCGGGCCUCGGAGUCGCGAAGCCCGCUCGCGGCUGCUGCUUCUGGAGCAGGAGCUCAAGACGGUCACGUACUCGCUGCUCAAGAGGCUCAAGGAGCGUUCGCUGGACACGCUGUUGGAGGCUGUGGAAUCCCGAGGCGGCGUGCCGGGCGGCUGCGUGCUGGUGCCGCGCGCCGACCUCCGCUUGGGCGGCCAGCCCGCGCCACCGCAGCUGCUGCUCGGCCGCCUCUUCCGCUGGCCAGACCUGCAGCACGCAGUGGAGCUGAAACCCCUGUGCGGCUGCCACAGCUUUACCGCCGCCGCCGACGGGCCCACGGUGUGUUGCAACCCCUACCACUUCAGCCGGCUCUGCGGGCCAGAAUCACCGCCGCCCCCCUAUUCUCGGCUGUCUCCUCCUGACCAGUACAAGCCACUGGAUCUGUCCGAUUCUACAUUGUCUUACACUGAAACCGAGGCCACCAACUCCCUCAUCACUGCUCCGGGUGAAUUCUCAGAUGCCAGCAUGUCUCCGGAUGCCACCAAGCCGAGCCACUGGUGCAGCGUGGCGUACUGGGAGCACCGGACACGCGUGGGCCGCCUCUAUGCGGUGUACGACCAGGCUGUCAGCAUCUUCUACGACCUACCUCAGGGCAGCGGCUUCUGCCUGGGCCAGCUCAACCUGGAGCAGCGCAGUGAGUCGGUGCGGCGCACGCGCAGCAAGAUCGGUUUUGGCAUCCUGCUCAGCAAGGAGCCAGACGGCGUGUGGGCCUACAACCGGGGCGAGCACCCCAUCUUCGUCAACUCCCCGACGCUGGAUGCGCCCGGAGGCCGCGCCCUGGUCGUGCGCAAGGUGCCACCGGGUUACUCCAUCAAGGUGUUCGACUUUGAGCGCUCAGGGCUGCUGCAGCACGCAGACGCCGCUCAUGGCCCUUAUGACCCGCACAGCGUGCGCAUCAGCUUCGCCAAGGGCUGGGGACCCUGCUAUUCGCGACAGUUUAUCACCUCCUGCCCCUGUUGGCUGGAGAUCCUACUCAACAACCACAGAUAGCAAUGUGGCUGCCACUGUGCCGCAGCGUCCUCCAACCUCUGGGGAGCCAGCGCCCAGAGACACCACCCCAGGGACAACCUCGCCCUCCCCCCAGAUAUCAUCUACCUAGAUUUAAUAUAAAGUUUUAUAUAUUAUAUGGAAAUAUAUAUUAUACUUGUAAUUAUGGAGUCAUUUUUACAACGUAAUUAUUUAUAUAUGGUGCAAUGUGUGUAUAUGGAGAAACAAGAAAGACGCACUUUGGCUUGUAAUUCUUUCAAUACAGAUAUAUUUUUUUCUUUCUUUCCCUCUUUCCUUUUUUAAAGAGAAUUAUACAGUAGAACUAGGUGGAAAGCCUAGGUUUGGUGUAUGGUUUUUUAAAAAAUAUUAAUGCCCAGACCAAAAAAAACAAAAAACAAAAAAAACUAAUACCAGUCACUCUUGAUAAUAAAGUGUUUGCAUUAUA